AUUCGGUUAAUGUGCGAUCAACGAGCAAUUGACGAGGUGGGACGAGAUUUAUCUCGAUAAUCAUUGUAAACUGUUUACGAAGAACAAUAACAAAAUACCGUAAGAAUGAAGGCAUCGCUGGAUCCGAUAUAUGUGCAGGAAUUUUUAUUUAAACAGUCAAAUACGUUUCAAGUAUUUGAUUUGAAGACUCCUGCAUAUAUUCCUGCUACUUGCAAUCUUCUUGUGGCUGACAAGAAACGAGGACUACUUUACAUAGGACAUGAUGAUAGAGUUACUGUCUUAAAGCCAGCAGAGGAGAACAGUGCAGAAUGGAAGAUAGAACUUCAAUUACCAGGCGUUAUAUCAAAGAUUGCAAUUAAUUGUGAUUAUAAUUAUGUUGCUAUAGGCAUAGCAUUGAAGCCUACAGUAUUGAUAUAUGAUGCCCAUUCACUAGCUAGAAAUAGUCUCAACCUAUUACUUGAAAUAACACCAUCGAACAAGCUAGAUAGCUACAUAACAGACAUACGAUGGAAUCCUACCGUACCUGCAAUGCUUUGCACUGUUACUAGUGACUGUACUAUUGGUAGCUUUCAACUGAAGAUAGAAGAAGAAAAUCGUGUACCAAAAAUAUCUGUACUUUCUAAAGUGUCAAACGAGCCACAGGCUUUAUGUGCAGCCUGGAGUCCCAAAGGCAAACAAAUAGCAGUGGGUUGCAAGAAUGGAGACAUUGUACAACUGAAACCAGAUACUUUGAAGGUUGCUAGAACUAUCAUGGGUCCUUCACCAUCUAUGGGAGAAGCGAUUAACAUCCUAUGGCUCAGCAAUUAUCAAUUUUGUGCCGCAUAUCUGAGCAACGAGCGGCAUAUAAAUGUUCUCAUCGUUGACGCACCGAAAGGAGAAACAAAUGCUAUUUUUACAUGUUAUGAAGAUAUUACAUACGGUUUUCCCGAAGCUGAAGGAGAGGACAGCGUUCCACGCUAUUAUUUUGAACAUGUACCGGAAUGGGGACUUAUCAUAGCGGGUAGUAGCACCAGCAGUGAAAUAGCUGUGCUAGGCACUACAGAUGGUGGCGCGAAUUGGAAUCAAUGGCAAUUAGUCGACAGUGGUAGGGCUCAAUUGCCGCUGAUGAGAACUACGGAAAUUUAUCCCUUGGGUCUAGCCGUAGACAAGUCUCCAACUACCAAGUUACCAUGGGGCACGGAUUCGACAUUGCCAUAUCCAGUUCCUGUUUUACAUAUUCUUGGAACGUCCGGGAAAUUAUGCAGCUUCCACAUGGUCAAUCUGGCAUCCAACUGCCCUAUCAUUAAUGUUCCUCCUACGGAAAUUAUCACGCCUCCAGCACCGUCACAGUCUAAUACUUCACCUAUAGAAAUAUCGUUUUCUAUGAAUGCUGCGAUUACCAGCACACCUCGUUCGAAACAACCGGAGAUGGUACUGGAACGCUCAAAGCCUCCUCCGAUGACAAAUAUAUUUGGCGACUCUCUGAAAGCAGCGGGAUUCUUUCAACCACCUGUGGAGCAACCAAUGGAACAGCCGAAACCGCAAGAAGAAAAAGCUGCGCCGCAGAUGAUUGUAAAAUCAAUUAUGCCUAAGGAACCACCAGUGUCAGAACCUAUAAAGACGGAAACCAAGUCAGUUUUAGACAAAGAAGCAAGCUCGCCACAAGUAGCGGAACAGAAAGCUUGUAUAGACGAUAACAUACGAAUGCAAGCUUAUAUGCAGGAGCAGGUAUUAUUUGAGAAAGAACUGCGAAGUAGGCUGGAACCACAGGUGUGGGAAUGUGGUACAGACUUGGAAAAGAAACAGCUUGGAGAGACGUCCGUCGUCAUAGAACAGUUUUUGAGAGAUUUAAAGGACACGACUAACAGUCUGUCCAGCGAUAUAGCAUAUUUAAAGGCUUUGUUGCUUCAAUCAUUUGCAUGGGUUGAAGAAACUAAAUCGAAAAAUGCGGCCAGUGUUGAUAUCACCACUAGAAACUGCAGCGAAAACAGCAAAAUAGCGGAUCUGCAACGAUGGUACUACUACACGCAAACACAACUGAAUCAAGUUAGUAAAAUCUUGGAUCUAGAAUGGUCGGAUCACAAGGCGCACGUAAAGUCGAAGAUGAAAAUUCCUAACUUGGAGUACGUGUAUCAGAAUCUUCUAAUGCAUAAUAAGAUUAUCGCAAAAGAAAAAGAGAAGCUUGAGCAAAUUUCGCGACGGUGGAAGUCUCUCAAUCGCUCAUUGGCAAUUAGUGGUGUGUCCAAUCUUAAUCGCUCAAUGGCGAGUCUGCAUGUGAGUUCGCCAAAAUCGCCAGCUUCAAUUAUUCGGGGAAAAACCGACGUUAUAGACGCCCGUUGCAAAACUAUCGCUUCGAAAACUUUGAGUUUUACACAUGAAAAGCAGCUCAAGUUAAGGACAUUGCUCAAGGAAUCAUCUCCAAGAAUCAUCAAGCCGGUCAAUCCAUCACCGAUUCAGGAUCGUUUGAAGGCUACGUUGUCUUCCCUGGCGUCUCUCAGUCCUGUGAUCAAUGAGACUAAGACCAAACCCGAGCCACCGAUUGUUAAACAGAAUAUCACUGUCAAACAGCCGAUCGAGAAACAGUUGAAAUCGCAAAGUCCCCUCGCUUCGUUGAACAGUAUCGUUGCGAGAAUCGGUUCAUCCGACACGAAUGGCAUCCUUGCGCAAAAUAAGGCCCAACAGAAGCUGCUUCCAACGACUGUUUCUUUCUCCAGUGCAGUUGCUUCUACCAAGCAAGUGGACAAAAAGCCUGUCAUGCCAGCAGCUCUUGCAGUGUCCCAAUCUAAACCGAAACAGGAUCUGAACGUUAACUUCCCAACAUCUAUCACGUUUGGAAUGUCGGCGCCAAAAUCUCAAGAUAUUUUCUUUUCAAAAUCUCUCACAGAUGUAACUGCCAGGAACAAUAAGGAAUUGGCGAGCAGCGAUAGCGUUCCUAAAGCUCCGGAAUCCGCUUUAUUCUCGACCGGAUUGUUAAAAGAUGUGUUAUCAACAGAAUAUUCAUUAACGGAAACCACUCGUAUGGGAAUCCCACGUAAUCUUUCAUUGCUUUCUGUGAUGCCAGCUGUAAAAACGGACGCUGCUGUCACAUUCAGUUUUGCUACACCUAACAUGGCUCCGCCUGUUGUAAAAAGUUCGUCCUCUGGUACUGCGCUCGAUAUGAUGUCCUUCGCUUAUUCGAAAUCCAUACCCCACGCUCCUACUGUAGAACCCACGAUAACAGUUCAAACAAUACCAAUGCAAGCACCGAUAGAACUGUCGACUUUAUCCUUGGGAUCACCUAGCACGUUGACUCUUCAUCAGGCUAAUCAUCCAAGUAACAGCGCGGACGGAAAGGUAAAUGCGAUCACGACUUCCAAUAGCUUCGCUGCAGCUGCACCUGUUAUUACAGCACAGACUUCCGCGACGACUGCCAUUGUUACAUCCGUUAUGACUCUUGGCGGAGUUACCAUUAGCGUUGUAGACGCGAACGCCGUUCGUAGAUCAAUGACGGAGAUGCCAUCCACCAGUUCGGUCGUCAUCGAGAAAGUCACUACGCCUGAAGUGAAAACACCCACUUUUGGUACUGUAGCUGCCCAGAUUCCGAUUUCGUUAGCCGCAGCACCAAUAUUUGGCGGUCAGACCAUCAUAAAAAAUGCAGCGACAGUAUCAGAGACGAUCACACUGCCCGUUACAACUACUUUCGGCGCAGUUUCUUUCCCAUCGAUUACAUCUACUUUCGGAACAUCAAUCUUGGCGCCGACUACCACGUCGGUAUUUAGCGGAUUCGCAAAUACAUCAGCGGGUGUUACUACCAGCUCUUCGGCGAUGCCUGCGAGUAGCACCGUGUCUCCUUUCCAGACUUCCUUAAGUAAAUCAACCUUCGGUGAGACCACCACUACUAGUAUGCCAGCCGCAAGUUUUGGGAUCAGCUCUGCCAAUGUCACCUCCGCAGGCACAAUCUCAUUCGGUAUGCCUGCGACGACAACAGCAACUUCGAUCACGCCAGCGUUCGGUAAGAGCCCGAUAGCAUCUCCGGUAUCAAACGCGCAGUUCCCAGGUGUACAGACGCCCGCGUCGACGGCGAAUAUCUUUGGAAAGCCGAUAAUCAGUCCUGCAUCAACACCGUUUGGCAAUACUUCGAGCUCCGUAUUCUCCAAUACGCCCGCUACCUCCUCGAACACCUCUAUAUUUGGAGGUAAUAACAUGAAUUCUAUCUUCGCGACGACUUCCUCAAGUGGAAAUAUCUUCGGAGGUAAUACAACAGGAUUCGGUACGGCCUCACCAGGAUCUAUAUUUGAGACCAGUGCCUCGAAACCCGGUAUUAUAUUUGGUGGAGCGACAAAUGCACCUGCUUCUCCAUUUGGUGGUACAAGUAACACGUCGCCGGCGGCAGUUAGUGGUUCUCCUGCAAGCACAAAUGUCUUCAGGUCUACUGUGCCUAAUACGUCUCCAAUACAGCAACCUAUACUUGGCAGCCAACCCGCUUUUGGUCAAACUCCUGCUUUUGGCGCCAAGCCAGUGUUCGGAUCGUCACCCAUCUUUGGUGGAUCGAAACCCGUUUUUGGAGGUAGUGGUUUUGGCUCACCCCCUACAUUUGAGUCUCCUAGCAUAGGAUUUGGAAGUCCAUCUACUAUGCAAGCUGGCUCUACAAUGGAAAAUAUGCCAAAAGUAUUUGGAGAAGUGACAGGCAGCAGUACAUUCGAAUCUUUAGCCAAUCAAUCAGGUGGUCUCAGUUUCGGUAGCUUAGCUCAGAAGAAUCCAGAACCAGAGAAACCAACAUUCACUGCCGGCAGUUCGUUUUCCAGUUGGAGAUGAAUAAAAUAUGGUAUUGCGGCAGAUUACUUUCAAAACUGUCAUAGCAGAAUAGAAAAUUUCUAUUGAAUGAAGAAUUAUCAAAUUACAAUCGUGUAUAUACAGUUUUACAUUCAGAAAGAUGUACUUUUUAUG